GGGGCGGAGAAGCGGGAGGCUUCCGGGGCAGGAUCACUCACGGCCGUCGAGUCGUCCGGCGAGUCGCGCGAGCACGAGCGCGAGCCUGUGCGGAGACGACUCCGACAAGAAGAUGAACAGCAAUCCGCUGCUGAAGCAACUACUCAGCGAGAAAACGGAGGAAGAUGAGGAGCCGAAGCCCUACGAGAUGCUGCUGAGUCAGCUCAUUAACGAGCCGCUGAGCGCUGGAAACCCAGUCAACUCCAAGGCGCAGGCCGACAGCGACUCGGCGCCCCAGCCGGGCAGGCGGCAGUCCGCAUCGACGUCGUCGUCAUCGCUGCCGGACGGCGAGUCGUCGUUCCUCAACUCUCUGCUCGUCGGCGACCCGCAGCCACACCCCGACAACAACAACCCGGGCCACCACGGCGAGCAGCACGGCGUCAAGCGCAAGUCCGACUGCCUGACGGGCGGAGGAGGCAGCGAGGCGCAGCCGACGGCCGGGAAGGUGCCGCCGAGCAAGGUGCUGCAGAAGAAUCAGAUCCUGACGAAGCUGCUCUCGCAGCCGUACAAGCAGCUGCCGAGCGUCGCGACGACGAUCGCCGCGCCGCGUCCGACCGACCUCCCGCACAGCAAGCUGCCCAAGGAUCUCCGCCAGAAGCUGCAGCAGACGACGCCGGCCGGCGGGCAGCAGCAGCAGCCGACGACGACGACGCAUCCGGGCGCGGUAACGUCGUCGACACUCCGCGCCGACGCGGCGGCGGCCGGCGGCGCCCCCUCGCGGCAGCCCGGCGUGCCGCAUCCGUCGCCGACCGGGUACGGCGGCGUGGCGCAGCAGCAGCAGCAGCAGCAGCCGUGUUCGGCGCUCAUGGAGAAGCUGCUCGAAAACAACGGAGGGUCCGCGGCGGGGCGGCGCGACGGCGGGGCGGCGGCGACGGUCGCGACACCCGACCAGAGCAACAAGCCGAUGGAGAUGGACUGGGUCGUGUCGGAGGUGCCGGACUCGUCGGGUGACGUGCUGCUGCAGCAGAUCGUCGCCGAGGUACUGCAGCUGCAGCAGGAGAUGAACGUCGACCAGGCGCCGCAAAGCACGUCUAGCUCCCGGCAGGACCUGCUGCAGGAGCUGAAGAAGCUGCUGAAGACGGAGGAGCAUAACCCCGGCAACGAGAUGGGGCACGUGAAGAGCGAGGCUGACACGUCGGGACUGCCCGGCCUCGACUCGGAGCCCUACUCGAACGUUGGCACGUCACAGCAUCAGACGCCACCACAGUACGCCAUGCCGCCAGCUUACUCCUCGGCCAAUCACUUUGGGCCGCCGCAGCAGGGACAACAGCAGCGGUUCCCGACAGCACAGGGCAUGCCAAGCUUCCCGCAGGGCCCUCAGACGUCGCAGCCCUACCAGCCGGGUAAGCGCACCCUUCCAACGAAUUCCAUAGUUUGCCUCGACUCGACUGACCCCGGUCAGGAUUGUGCAGAUUCGAGAAGCCGUAAAGAUAAAAGUGGAAUCUUUACUGAUGUUGUCCCAGGUGUCUAA